AUACCGGUAUUUAAAGUGUCAGUCGCCUGAUAUUUUUUUACGGAGGGAUAGUCAAGGGAGAACUAAAGGUCAGGUGACAGACACAACAUUUAAUAAAUAAAUAAACAAAUCAGUCAUUUUAGUAAUUUGUCAUUGGAAAUACUGGAAAGCGGAGCAGUGAUAGAAAAAUAUCGAGAUAGCGGAGAAAACGCUUUUCUGCGGACAUUUUAGAGUUCGUGGAGAACGAUCCAGGUACCAAAGGACAAGAUGGACAGCGAAUCUGAGGAAGAUAAGUACAAGGACCUGAAGGUUUAUUUCUCCAAGCAAGAAUGGGCAGAGCUGCAAGAGUGGGAGAAAGUGCGCUACAAGAACAUGAAACGCAACUACGAAGCCAUGAUUGCUAUAGGGCUGAAUUCCCCGAAGCCGACCUUCAUGUGCCGCCGAUCCAGGAGCAGGCAGCCCCCUGUGGAGGACUCCAGUGACCCCGACGAGGACUGGACCCCCAGACAGGAGAGAGCCGCGGCAGCUCCAAAAACCUUUAGGCCACCUUAUAAAAGAGAUUUUGUCCACAGGCAGACAACAAAAAAUGUGACUACAACUAAGGUUCAAGUGAAUAGUGAAAAGGCCCCGGCGCCCAGCAGCAGUGUUGCUGGCCCCAGUGCAGAGACCCCCUCUGCAUCCACCUCCAGUUCUGAUGAGAACAGAGGAGACUCAUUCGAAGGCUUCACUGAUGAUGAACUGGCUGCCUUUCUUGUGUACGACAGCCCUUCUGAGAGUGAGGAGAGUGGAAAAGCAGAAACUCGGAGCGCUGAAUUAAAAGCGGACUGCGAGGACUGCCAGACCUUCUUCAUUGAUGUGUGUGGGCUGCAUGGCCCUGCACUGUUCAUUCCAGACACGGCCGCUGAGGUGGGCUUGGCACACAGGGCUCGCCUCACCACACCUCAGGGCAUGAGCAUCAGAGUCUCCAAGAUCCCAAACGCAGGGCUGGGGGCCUGGAACGAGCGCGGUGUCAUUCCCAGAGGGGCCCACUUCGGGCCGUACCAGGGGGGGGUGACUCACGAAGAGGAGGCCAUCCUCAGUGGAUAUUCAUGGGUGAUAACUAAAGGGAAGAACGAUCAUGAGUACAUCGAUGCUAAGAGUGAAGCUAACUCAAACUGGAUGAGGUAUGUGAACUGUGCCCGUAAUGAAGAGGAGCAAAACCUGGUGGCCUUUCAGUACAAGGGUGAGAUCUACUACAGGUCCUGCAAGCCGAUCCCACCCCGCUGUGAGCUGCUGGUGUGGUACGGGGACGAGUACGGCAGGGAGCUGGGCAUCCGCUGGGAUCUGAUGUGGGAGAACAAGUGUCGCUCGACAGAAGCGGAUUUGGAGCAAGACCUCGACAUCUAUCCCUGCCCUCACUGCACCAUCGCCUUCACUGCCGAGCAGUACCUGGAGAAGCACACAAAGAGGACUCACCCUGAGGAGUAUGUGGUGAUACUGAGAGCGCGCUCACUCAGGAAUCAAUCGUCACAAAGCGGGGCGCAGCUUCCUGUACCCCCGGUGAGCUCAGUGACUGCACGCUCUGGGAGAGUUCACAAAUCAGACUCGCAAGCUUCACAUCGCUGCUCUGAGUGUGGGAAGAGUUUCACUCGGUCAGGAGACCUGAAAAAACACCAGCGAACUCACACAGGAGAGAAACCAUAUCGCUGCUCUGAGUGUGGGAAGAGUUUCACUCGGUCAGACAGCCUUGAAACACACCAGCGAACUCACACAGGAGAGAAACCGUAUCGCUGCUCUGAGUGUGGGAAGAGUUUCAGUCACUCAGUAUCCCUGAAAAUACACCAGCGAACUCACACAGGAGAGAAACCGUAUCGCUGCUCUGACUGUGGGAAGAGUUUCAGUCAGUCCUGCAGCCUUGUUUCACACCAGCGAACUCACACAGGAGAGAAACCGUAUCGCUGCUCUGACUGUGGGAAGAGGUUCAGUCAGUCAGGUAACCUUGAAGCACACCAGCGAACUCACACAGGAGAGAAACCGUAUCGCUGCUCUGACUGUGGGAAGAGGUUCAGUCAGUCAAGCAGCCUUGAAACACACCAGCGAACUCACACAGGAGAGAAACCGUAUCGCUGCUCUGACUGUGGGAAGAGGUUCAGUCAGUCACGCAGUCUUGUUUCACACCAGAGAACUCACUCCUGACAUGCCGAGCCCUGCAUGACUUCACUCAUUGUGAGGGGAAAUAUGUUUCCUUUCAUAACUGAACACACACCUACCUGUCAAUGUUAAACAUUGUGUUGAUUUUGUUCAGAAAUUAAUUGAGCUGCACAAUUUUAAACAGGGACAAGGUUGGGAUCAAUAAUCUGCAUUAUAAAAAAAAAACUUACCACAGUACUGUACAUGCACACUGCAAUCUUGCAGUUUAUUUCAUUUGAACCGGCUUCAACCAUUGUGUUUACAAUGUAUUUACUAUACAGAUCUUUGAUUGAACAUGCUUUUACUGUACUUUACUACACUUUAUUACACUUUGUUAUUCCGGCUCAAUGACACCAUCAAUCCCUGAGCUCCUCUAUCCCUUUGUUCCAUUGUUCUCUAGAACCCUCUUUAUGUUCCGUAACUCACAGUGAGAGUUCCAUGGAACCUUCUUACUUAGUGUUCCAAAGUCCAUAGACUCUCAGUGUUCCAUGGAACCUUCUUUGUUCUUCCUCUGAGUCUCAAUUGAAGACAUUGAGAAAGACUUUCUGGUUGAAACGUUUGUCAUUGAAUUUAUUAGGUUUAUUUUAUUUUAUCACAAUGUAGCGCUAUUGUGGGGUUAAUAGUUGUGAACCAGCUGAUAUAAUGAUGAGAUCCUCAAUAUGCAAAGUCAUUUAAAGACGUUUUUGCUGGGAAGAUGUCAAAGUCGCAUAGACUUUUUACCAACGCUACCAUUUUAAUGAGGGGUCUAAGGGUUUAAGUUCUGUUUUUAAAGUGAACAGACUUUGUUGUUGCCUGUGAUUCAAUGUCAAUACACUUUGCUAUUCUGUUUUAAAAUGUUUAUGCUUUGUUAAAUUAAAACAACAUGCCUGUUAUUCUUAUAUAUGCUAUUUAAUAUUUAUGAUUAUUUAUUUCACUUUUUUUUUAAUCUUUAUGAGAUUAACUGGACAAGUCGUAUUCUAUUUUAUGUCGUUUUACAUUUCAUCUGGCAAAUACAGCUGCUGAUUUUAUACGAGAUGAAUCUGUGUUUUUAAAUGUUAAUAUUUAAUUCAGGAGCCCCAAUAAACGUUUUAAAGACAAGAAAAUCACUUGUGACGUGUCUCUGAAUGUUUAGUAUUUUAAUUAUACAACCAUUCUCAGAUAUAUAUAUA